UGACCUCCCAGCUUUCUGUGAAUUAAUAUGCUAAUGGUGGAGACCACUUGAAAUGAGGCUGUCAAGCGGGGAUCAUUUUGAACAAUAUGUCCGGUUUGGCCAUUUCGGACUGAAGGUUAUUAUUGUGAAGAAAAUGUUAAAAUGUUCAUAGCCGAGGUGCUGAACAAAAACUAACCUGGUUGAAGAGCUCUGGAGGGGUUUCUCUUCGAAGCGGCUUGUCUGGAACGAAAGGUGCCAGGGGCUAUCCUUGCAGUGAUUUCGUCAUUAGGAAGACCACAAUACGGAGAAGAGGAAGUGUGAACACUGGUCCCUACUGGUGUGGUCUAUAUGUGGAUGAGGAGCAUGGAGGAGGUGAACAAAUACUCAUCCAAACUGUCACCCCUUGUGGACUACUUGGCAGGCACAUAUCUAGUGGUGAUAGCGAUGCUGUCAGUCAUAGGUAAUGCUGCAGUACUGGUGACUGCAGUGCUACGUCCGACUUCCCUAAAGGCUGCAGAGCUCCUGACUGUCAACCUGGCUGUUACGGACAUAGGUAUGGCGCUCACCAUGUACCCACUGUCUAUCGCCUCGCUCUUCAACCACAUCUGGAUCGGAGGGGACUCCUCUUGCCUGUACUACGGUCUGAUGGGGAUGAUUUUUAGCACGGCCAGCAUCAUUACCUUGACUGUCAUGGGCCUAAUACGAUACCUGACGAUAGGAAAUCCACCAAAAACAGGCAACAAGUUCCAACGGCAUACCAUCACCAUGAUCAUCAGUGGAAUUUGGCUAUACUCCGUGCUGUGGGCUGUUUUCCCGCUAAUGGGCUGGGGUGGCUAUGGACCGGAGCCCUUCGGGGUGGCCUGCUCUGUGGACUGGGCCAGCUACCAGGACUCUCUGAACCGCUCUACCUUCAUCAUGUCUUUGUCUAUACUCUGCACCUUUAUUCCCUGCCUCAUCAUCCUCUUCUCCUAUUCUGGCAUAGCCUGGAAACUUCACAAGGCCUACCAGUCCAUCCAGAGCAGCGACCUCAACUGUGGACACAUCGAUAGGAAGGUCACUCUGAUGGCGGUGUUCAUAAGCUCUGGAUUUGUUGUGGCAUGGUCUCCCUACGUGGUGCUCAGCUUCUGGAGAAUGUUCCAUACCAAGGACAGCCUGGCCCCCAUAGUUUCCAUGCUGCCUUGCCUGUUUGCAAAGGGCUCCACCGCCUACAACCCCUUUAUCUAUUACAUCUUCAGACGCUCCUUCAGAAGUGAGGUUCGCCAGCUCAAGGGGAUAAUCUGCUGCUCUGCUCAACCAGAUUCACCUUCGCGUGGGGAUACUCUAGAGGAGGGCAGGCAGAGUGUAAGGUCUGACGUUCGUCAGAGCUUGACGGAUGACAAGAGUGGCGUGUCGCUGGUGAUUAGAUUGGGAACUGCGGCACUGGACAGACCGUCUGAGAAUUAGCUGUCAAGCUCCUGUUAACAAUGUUUUGGAACAUGGCUGCAACUGGGUUCCAUGUAUGAGUGUAUGCAUCUCAGCAUGCACACUUGCAGUGCGAGUUGUUCAACCAUGUAUUUUCACUGUCAUACUUGUUAAUUCUACCAUAGCUGCUAAGUUCUAGACUCAACCUGACAACACCCCUAGUGAAGUUGCGGAAGUCUUCUGGGAUGCAGACAUGAAGAAUUAUAAAAUGUAUCAGUAUCUUUUGACUAAAAGCUAACUGUUAAAUGAUUGCUACUUACAGACAUCACAUAUUAUAAUAAUUGUAAUAAGGCAUUAUAAAUAAAAUAAAUAUACCGUGCCUCUCCAAAGGUAUUCACCUC